UCGAUGCGUCAUUUUCAUUCCAGACACAAAAGCCUAUUCCACAGAUUUAUAAAGCUGUCCGCAGCAGAACGGAAUUCAUUUACACUAACAAAUUUGAAUUACUGACCAAAACCAACCUACAGGAGUGGACCGUGUCUGGAUUUAAUUGGCCCUGCUAAACAAGACGAUAUAGCCUUCUGUUGAAUGCUCAAUUGCAGUGUUACUUCAGAAAGAUACCUUUUGGAAAGCUGCUUGCGUUCACCUGGAUAAAGCCUCACCCAAAUCUAUUUUCAACAGUACUUGCGCCGACGUUUUACAUUCCUCAAAGCAAAAUUUUGAAAACUGGAAAAAUGGUUUUCCUUAUGACAUUGUUUAUGACCGUCCUCUUAACAGACAUAGCUUCAGGAGAGUAUCCAAAGGCACAAAACGUCAGUUGGUCGUCUUUCAACUUCAAAACGCUGCUUAUGUGGAGUCCUAAACCCGUUAACUAUUCCUACACAGUUGAAUAUUCAGUCCUCGGUCAGGACAGACAGAGGAACCCCCACUGCAUCCGAACCACAGAGACCGAGUGUGACCUGACCACGUCUCUGACGGACCUGAAGGCCACCUACUCAGCCGACGUCCUCUCAGAACCUCCUCUCGGUGGGACCUCUGACAUCAUCGAGUUCCCGCACACGAGCUCCGAACGCUUCUGUCCCUACAAAGACACUCAAAUAGGCAGACCGGAGGUGAAGGUGGAGGUCAGCGAAGACAAGAGGAAAAUCACGCUGCACGUCAAAGACCCUCUCACGGCGUUGUUCAGGGACAGCAGAGCUCUGAGCAUCAGGGACGUGUUUGCUGAGGACCUCCAGUACAGAGUGACCUACAGGAGGGCUCAGAGCACUGGCAAGAAAGUGACGACGUCGGAGAGCAGUGUGAUCGAGUUGACGGACGUGGAUCGAGGCCAGAGCUACUGCUUCAACGUGCAGGCCUUCAUCCCCUCCCGCUCCCCAGACCAGCAGCUGGGGGAACUCAGCCAAACGGUCUGCUCCCAGGACGAAGAAGGAAAGCCCUUCUUUGAAGAGUAUGGGAUUGGCGUGAUCGCAUUUGGCCUCCUGAUCAUCAUGGCAGUCAUAGCUGCGGUCAUUGCAUUCCCCGUGCUGUAUUGCAGAAGGAGCAGGAGGAGAGCCAAUCAAAGGGAGAAAGAGGGAGUGCCUCUCCGCGCUGUGUAGGAGUGCAUAUCUAUGACACCCUUUGGAACAGAAGGAGUGGGAGUGUGUACCUAACACACCCUCUGGGACAGAAAAAAAUACACCUGGAUAAGAUCCGCCUUUCAAAGGAGGUCUUGGUUCACAUUCCUUUGUCAAACACUGGAAUCCUCCAUUUUGUUUCUGUGAAACCGCGAAAUGUAUAUUUGAAUAGUUUUUAAAAAUUAUUAACACUUAAAUGCUGAAAGAUAUUUUUAGGUGACUGGUACUGUACAUUUACUGCUGUAGUGACAACUACCUUUUUAUAAACACUCCCUAUGGUUCUUAUUUAAUAUAUUUGCGUUUUAUACUUUCUAACUUAAAGAUAAUUGGGAAAUAUUACAUGGUUUUGGGAGAUUGAUGAAUUGUAUUGUGGGAAAUCUAAUUGCAUAGUAUAUUUUAUUUUUGUAUUAAAAAAGUUGUUAUGGACUUUGCUGCCACUAAUGUAUUUGUACUUUUUGCUCAAAAAGGUUUCAAUGAUCAGUAUGUUUCCAUCAAAAUAAACCUUUAAAAUCAUUGACAAA